AGACCCGUUGAUACUAUCGGUAGUACCUCGCACGUGCUGUUUCAAAACAAUAAAUUUUGCACGAAUUUAGGUCUGCAAUAGUAAAUCAAUAUGGAUACGAAUGAGGGAAACGAUGAGCUGACCAUGGAAGUAAUAGAGCCUGAAGAUGCCGAGAGUGACAUGGAACCGGAGAGCGAUGAUGAGGGUGAAUCCAAACAAGUCAAAGAAGUAUAUCUACCGGGUCAAAAACUUGCCGAAGAUGAAGAAUUGGUAUGUGAUGAAAGCGCAUAUGUGAUGCUUCAUCAAGCCUCGACAGGUGCCCCAUGUCUGAGCUUUGACAUCAUACCAGAUGAAUUAGGCAAGGGAAGGGAAUCGUUUCCCUUGACCGCUUACAUAGUGGCUGGAACCCAGGCGGCUCGUACCCAUGUUAAUAAUCUGAUUGUCAUGAAGAUGAGUAAUUUGCACAAGACACAGGAAGAUGAUGACGACGACGAGGAUGAAGAGGAGCUGGAGGACGAUCAAGACGAAGUGGCCAACAAGGAGGAGCUGAAAAAACCCCAGAUGACAUGUGCUCUUAUAAAGCACCAAGGCUGCGUUAACAGAGUACGAGCCCGCCGUUUGGGCAACACUGUCUUUGCCGCCUCUUGGAGCGAAUUGGGACGCGUGAAUAUCUGGAAUCUUACGCAGCCGCUACAGGCUGUGGAAGAUGCCCAAUUGUUGAAACAAUACGAACAGAGCGAGGCACUGCGUCCCGCCUUCACAUUCAGUGGGCAUCAGCAAGAGGGUUACGCCGUUGAUUGGAGUUCCUGCGCCGACGGUGUUUUGGCAACCGGCGACUGCCGCCGCGAUAUCCAUAUCUGGAGCCCGUUGGAAGAUGGCACCAGCUGGAAAGUGGAUCAGCGUCCACUGGUUGGCCACACACAGUCUGUCGAGGAUUUGCAGUGGAGUCCCAAUGAGCGUAGUGUGCUGGCCUCUUGUUCUGUGGACAAAAGCAUACGUAUCUGGGAUUGCCGGGCGGCUCCCCAAAAGGCCUGCAUGUUGACCUGUGCGGAUGCCCAUGAGAGUGACAUCAAUGUAAUUUCAUGGAAUCACACGGAACCAUUUAUAGCUAGUGGUGGCGAUGAUGGAUACUUGCACAUAUGGGAUCUCAGACAAUUCCAGAGUCAAAAACCGAUUGCUACAUUCAAGCACCAUACGGACCACAUAACCACAGUAGAAUGGAGUCCCAGUGAGGCCACCGUCUUGGCCUCAGGUGGUGAUGACGAUCAGAUAGCCCUGUGGGAUUUGGCGGUGGAGAAGGAUGCCGAUCAAGAGCAGGCCAACACUGGUAACGAAGAUGACCUCAACAAACUGCCGCCGCAGCUGCUAUUCAUCCAUCAGGGGCAGAAGGAGAUUAAAGAGUUGCACUGGCAUGCCCAAAUGCCGGGCGUUCUGCUAUCGACGGCCCACAGCGGUUUCAAUAUCUUCCGCACUAUCAGUGUCUAAAUAACGAGAUGAUAAUGGGCAGAUGCACGUGUGUAGGCGUGCCCCCCUUACCUUAAGCUAAAUAAAAGUAAACUCUUUGUUAAA